AUGUAUUUUAUUGGCAAACAAAAGUCACAACUUACCAAACGAUAUUUCUAAAAGAUCUACAGAAAUAUCACUAUCACUCACAUUUAUUAGAGACUGAAGUGAACAGCGCUAGCCAAUUCCAAAAAAAGGAAUGUUUCAAACCUAAUGGUUUUAAACAGUGAAGGUUAGAAAUUGAAAAGAAAAAUAGGGAAGAUAAGAAAACCGGGCUAACCAGCCAUAGUAGGAAUGAUGCAGCAGGAAUUUUCUUUUCCCUGUUAACACAGAACAGACUGACCAUGAAUGGACACCUCCCAACAGGUUGAGUGUUUGUUCUAAUGAAUGGGAGGUAGGAGACUAUGCGCUAAUCAGCUCACAAUCUAACAUUAAACGAAAUAAUUUUCGUAACUGGAGUCAAAACCACGGCAGCAGGGACCGAUCUGUGGCUCCUCCAACAUGAAGAGCCUAUUAAUUCUUCACUGGAUAACCUCAGCCCUGCGGGGGGAAAGCGCUGCAGCCAUCCAGGGAUACAGUCUUACAUAACAAGUCGUAUAAUGUCAGUGCAAAGGCCCAUGUAAAGGAUGAACAACACGAGAAAAGAACAAGUUCAUCGGACACAAUGAAACGCACGUUACACCUGUAAAUGAAUUGACUCAAGUGUCCCACCCCCUUCCAUCAACAUCUCACUGUGUUCAAGCACAGCCACGCCCGUCAUCCUCUGCGCUCAACCCAUGGAGAGUACACGACCACCCAGAUAGGAUGCCUGCCUUGCUCAACGCCCUGUGUCCCCUCCUGCCCAUCACCGCUUCCUCCUUCUCCUUGCGUGUACCUGCUGUUACCUACAGUUCCUUACAGCCCAUCAGACAUCGCCCUGCUCCACUGCACCAUGGUGGAUGAGGUGACCUCCACGAAGGAUGAUGUCAUCAAUGCCAACACGCUGGCAUGGCUGGUCUGCUCUGGUGUGUCCAUCCUGGCCAACACUUGGAGCAUCCUCAGUGUUAGUGCCAAGCAGAAAAAGUGGAAGCCACUGGAGUUCCUUAUAUGCACCCUGGCUGGAACACACAUUCUCAACAUGGCUAUUCCUAUCACCAUGUACUGUGUGAUAACACUACGGCGGCAGCACUCCAACUAUGAGUGGAAUGAGGGUCUAUGCAAGGUGUUUGUCUCCACAUUUUAUACUCUAACCCUGGUCACCUGCUUCUCAGUCACUUCACUCUCCUAUCACCGCAUGUGGAUGGUUCGCUGGCCAGUAAACUACAGGCUGAGUAACACCAAGAAGCAGGCAGUGCACACAGUGAUGGGCAUCUGGAUGGUGUCGUUCAUCCUGUCCACACUCCCAGCAGUGGGCUGGCAUGACACCAUUGACCGCUUCUACACCUCUGACUGCAGAUUCAUUGUGACAGAGAUUGGCUUGGGCUUUGGCGUUUGCUUUCUGCUGCUGAUCGGUGGCAGUGUGGCCAUGGGUGUGAUCUGCAUCGGGAUUGCUCUCUUCCAGACCUUUUCCGUUCAGGCUGGCCACAAUGCUGACAAGAACAAGUUCAAUGUCCCCACAAUAGUGGUUGAAGAUGCUCAGGGGAAGCGGAGAUCCUCCAUUGAUGGAUCAGAGCCUCUCAAGACAUCGCUGCAGAUAACUUACCUGAUUAGUGGUAUUGUCUUCAUUUACGACUUCCUCACAGGCUUCCCCAUCCUGGUGGUGAGCUUUGCCAGUCUGAAGUUUGACCGCUCUUACAACUGGAUGGUGCUGUGUGUGCUGUGGUGUUCCAUCGCUCAGUCAAUUCUGCUGCCGAUGUUCCUCUGGGCCUGCGACCGCUAUCGGGCAGACAUACGUAUGGUGUGGGAGAAGUGCGUUGCCCUCAUGUCUAAUGACGAAGUGGAUGAGGAAAGCAGCCAAGAUGGAGGAAUUCAUGCCGACUUAAUAUAUGACAGACCAUAUGACUAUAGCUCGGCGCCUGAAAUCAUGACGGUAGACCGUAAUGCCAAGUAUGAGUUCUCAACCUUAGAAAGGGGGGUUCCGCAAGGGUAUCCAUUGAGGGAACAACAGGAAGAUAAAAUGCAGUAUUUGCAGGUGCCCCCUACAAGAAGAUACUCCCACGACGAAACCGACAUGUGGACCAGCGACCAGAUCCCCUCAUACCUACACAGAUGGGGCUCCACAGAGGACAUGAUAGUGAGUGCCCAUUACAGCUCCACCUUGCCGCGCCGCGAGAGGCGCAGGAACAGCCUGGUCUAUUACCACGAGGGGAGCCACCAUCACCCUCACCGCAAGCGGCGACGCUCUGAGGACAGCAUGCACUUGAAGUACUUGCCCCGUGUGGUAUAUGGUGGGGAGAGGUGUGAGGAUGAACUGCGGUGUUUCAGCCGUGAUGAGGUGAUCAACUUUAUAGAUGAAACGCCGUUGCCAAGCCCCAGAAACAGCCCACGGCGGUCCUCCACAAUCUCCCUUAUCCCUAAUGUGUAUACAGAGCACACAGUCAUCUUUCCUCACUUUCCUCUCACAGACUUUGAGUGUGAGCCUCAAGCAUUGAGGCGAUCCUCAGAACACAGAAGGUGCAGUAGCAGGGGAAGUUCACCUGAGGGUUCCCCCAAAACUGACAGGUCCACUAGGAAGAAGAGCCAUGGGGCUGGUGGCUCAGGAAAAAGCUGCUCAGAACGCCCUAAACGUCAGGACUCUGCAGGUUCACCUGGUCACAGCCAGCCGUCUCCAGGGCGCUCGACCAGGCACAGGACAGGUGGAGGUGCUGGUUCUGGUGCUGGAACUGACUGGGCUCACCCCAAGCAUCUGAGCAAGGCUGAGAGUAAAGGACGCACAAACAGUUUUACAAGCACAGCCUCAGCAUCAUCGUCUAGAUACAACACCGUUCAUUCUGAUUCUGCGGGCUCCAUCACCUGAAAGGGAAGCUCUUCUGUUGGUCUCCAAACUUCAGCGCUCAGUUUACUGUAAUGCAAGCCUCCAUUAGUGGUUACCAAAAAUGACCUGCUGGAAUUAUCAGUCCUGUUCCCAAGUUUUACUCCUUGCCACAAAUGACCACCUGUCAUUAGGAUCCUUUGACAUGUUUUCUGAAAGGGCCGUGAUUUCCUGUGUAAGCCAGUAACAAUGUUUGCUUCUAACUGACCCAAAAUUUCUAUGAAGAACACUUUUCUUCCAGCACUGACAGAAAAUCUCUCUCUUUCCUGUGUUCAUGAAACUUGAUUUUACUGUUGAAUACUGUUUCAUUUGAAAGGACAAAAUACUUUUCAUAUGUUUUUUUUCUUUCAUUCUUUUUUUAUUUAAAUUGAAUUCGUGUUUCAUUUGGCCUGCAAGGACUGUGUUUUGUUGUAUGGAGGCAAUCUUUGCUUAUUACUGUGCAUAUCCUUUUGACUAAAGGGUAUAACACAAUUAACAUAUUUAUUUUAUUAAACCAAUGUUGCAUUUUUCAUUAACAUUAUUUACAGCACAUAAAAACCUUUUUAGCAUCAUAUUUUGAAGUGAAAUGUAAUCCCAAACUUUAACAUGCCCAGAUAGGUUUGUGUGAGAAAUUGAGAAAUGGAGUUAAGAACCUUUUAUCCUUGACUAAGAAACACUAUUGAGAUAUCUUGUACAUAUGGGGGAUAUUAAUUAUGUUUUUGGUGUUUUCUGUUUAGAUGCUUAAAACAUUUCCUUCUGAUUCCUCUUUGAUUUUAUUUGAUCAUUUUGAUAUCAUCAGGCAAAACUGUUGCAUGCAUACAUAGCUAAAGAAUAUUAUGCAAAUGGUGCUUUAUGGUCAUCACCUGACCUCACCUCUUAAUCAUUUUUUUGUGUUUUUUUAACUUGUUUUAAAACUCCAGGAAAGGCUUUCCAGUUUUUAGAACCAGUUUUUCAAUUUGAGGUAUACAUUUUGUUGUCAUAGUCACAUAAAUGAAAGCUCUGAUUCCAUAUGUCAAAAUUGGGGAGGAAAUGGGACUCAAGUUCAAGUAAACAGCUUUUGGGAAGUUAUAAAUAUAAAUAUUAAUUUACAAGAAGCUAUUAAAAGACCGUGUUUGAAGCUUUGUGUUAUGGAGUGUCAUGGUGAACACUUGGUAAUGUCACCCACAAGUUGCACAUUUAUGCAGAUGAUGAUGCAAGAUGAUAAUAAGAAGGAUCAUUUCAGCAAAAAUGUAUUUAGGGGAAAAAGGGUAUUUUGAUUUUAGAAUUAAGUAAAAUGAGCAGGUAUUUGAAAAUAAUAAUCCCUUCCCCCAAACAAGCAUCUCAGUAAAUAUAGUUAAAUAAAUUAAAAACAUCUCACCAAGGAGUUCGUCUUCAGAUUUAAAGGAGAUUUUUUUCUUUUCCAAUUCUGACCUCUUGUGGACAGUUUCUGUUAAUGUGAAUGUAUUUGCACAAAUAAGCUGCAAGCUUUUAAGAGAUUUAUUGAAGAGAAAAUUAAAUAAAGUAUCCCUCUAGAACGAAAUUAUUAGUGGUAAAACAUUGCUUUCCCAAUUUUUUUCUGUUUCCACCUGGGGAAUAAACUUGUAUGUGGUGGGAGUUUCUGUUUUAAGUCAUCUGCUGUCAUUGAAACCUUGCAAUUCUGAUGUGUUUGUGUACUGUUUACUGAUUUGGAUUGACCAGAUUUGCUCAAAUAGAUCUUUCCUGGGGAUAAAAAAAAAAUCACAUCCCAUCGUCAAACUUUGAUAUUUCAUGGAUCUUUUGCAUUUUGUUGUGUUUGCAGUAUGAAAAUCUAAUUUUGUAACAUAUUCAAAGAUUUACCAAUCAAACAAUGUUUAAUGUUAUGAUUUUCUUGUUGAGCUGAUGACUUUGUUAAAGAGAAAGGAUUGAUUAAAUUCACAAGAAGAGCUCUA